AUGUACUCUCAAGGAAGUAUUUUUAGGCCUGAAGUUAUUGUCAUGAAUCCGGCAGAAAUCUUGAAAAAACUUCUUCUAAGACCGUUACUUCCUCCCAGGAAAUAUCCUGGGCCUCAGCAAUGGACAGUUCAUCCAGAGAGAAGGCAGAGAGAGAUUACACUGUGGAGAGACACCAAUGGAGAAGAGGUAACAAAAAGAUUAAUUGAGCAACGCCACCUUGCUUUGAGAUUACCUUAUGGGCAAAGCAUUUCAAGCAGCUCACCAACAGUUUCAUCUUCCAGGACAGAUAAACAGGAAGCUGGAUCUAGUGGGAAAGGUUUUGCCAUCGCAAUGGUGCUGAGCCUGCUCUUGCUUCUCAUACUGCUGCCUCACACGGUGUCCAAGAAGCAUUCCAUUAAUUGCACUGCAGUUGACGACCCCCUGCCUAUUCCUCAUGAAUUUUACCAGCCAGGCGACCUUAUCGUUGGUGGGAUUGUCUCUCAGGUCUUCAACUUCCACAACACUCCCGAUUUCACACUGCAACCUGCACAGAUGUUGUUUAAUGAACCUAUCUCAGUGCCAAAGAACUACCAGCAUAACUUGGCCUUGGCAUUUGCCGUGAAAGAGAUCAAUGAGAAUCCCAAUCUCUUACCUAACAUCACGCUGGGUUUCCACAUACUCAACAGCUACUAUGUUCCAAGAAUGACCUACAAAGCCAGCCUGAGCUUGCUUUCCACACAGUGGAAGUUUGUGCCCAAUUUCAAGUGUGAUAGAAAAAACAAACUGGUCACCAUCAUUGGAGGCCUUACCACUGACAUUUCAGUCAAUAUGGCUGCUAUCAUUUCCCUCUACAGAAUACCACAGAUCACUUACGGAAUAUUUUCCCCAGAGCAUGGUGACAAAAUGCUGUUCCCUCACUUGUAUCAGAUGGUCCCAAAUGAAGCCUAUCAGUACAUGGGAGUUGUCCGUUUAUUUCAGCAUUUUAGGUGGAAUUGGAUUGGGCUUGGAGCUAUAGAUGAUGAUGAUGGGGACAAAUUUUUAACAACCAUGGUACCUUUGCUUACGGAGAAUGGCAUCUGUUUUGACUUCACAAUAAGAUUUCCCAAAGUAACUUAUCUUCAGGAAGCAAUAGACUUGCUUUUGGAGCAAAGGGAUAUUUACACUAUUCAAAAUAAGACAAGAGCUAAUGUGUAUUUUGUGUAUGCAGUACCUGCAUUUGUGUUUGCUUUGAGAAUGUUCUUGUUUAUAGCACCUUUUGUUUCAUUGCCACCGGUGCAUAAAGUGUGGAUUCUUACAUGCCAAUGGGAUUUUGCAUCAUUUUCAUUUGAAAAGAACUGGGAUAUAGAAACUUUCCAUGGUGCCAUAUCCUUCACAGUGCACUCUAAUGAGCCACUUGGAUUCCAAAAAUUCCUUCAGGACGUCAGUCCUACUUGGGCAAAAGGAGAUGGUUUCAUGAAGAACUUCUGGGAGCAGGCAUUCAGUUGUUCACUGAAAAAUUCAGAGGUAGUUGGGGACAGCAACAAAAUCUGCUCUGGAAAUGAGAAGCUGAAGAGCAUUCCGAUGAUUUUGUUUGAAAUGAACAUGAUGGGCCACAGCUACAAUGUCUACAGUGCUGUCCAUGCUGUGGCACAUGCUUUACAUGGCAUCUACAUAUCUAGAUCCAAGCAUCAAAGACUUCCAGGAGAGAAUGUGCAACCAAGGCAGAUCCAUCAUUUUCUGAGGAGCAUCAUGUUCAACAACAGUGCUGGAGACACUCUGUGUUUCCAUGAAAAUGGAGAACUGAAAACUGGAUAUGAUGUGACAAACUGGGUAACAUUCAAGAAUGGUUCUUUUGCUAGAAUAAAAGUGGGACGAUUGGAUCCCUGGGCUCCUGCAGGGAAAGAGUUAACCCUAAGAGAUGAUCAAAUUGUGUGGCAUAAAACCUUUACUCAGGGAUGGCCUGUUUCGGUGUGCAAUGACCCCUGCUAUCCUGGCUUCAGCAGAAAAAGGAAGGAAGAAGAGAAAUUUUGCUGCUAUGAUUGUGAUUCAUGUCCAGAAGGGAUGAUCUCUGAUCAGAUGGAUAUGGAUGCCUGCACGAAAUGUCCAGAAGAUCAGUAUUCCAAUAAACACCAAAAUCAAUGUGUUCACAAGGUCAUAAGCUUCCUCUCAUAUAAGGAAUCUUUAGGGAUCAUCUUGGCCCUAACCGCUAUUUCAUUUUCACUGAUCACAGCUUUAGUACUCAGAAUCUUUAUGAAGCACCGGGCCACGCCUAUUGUCAAAGCCAACAACACAAGCCUCACCUACAUCCUACUCAUCUCUCUCCUUCUUUGCUUCCUUUGCUCCUUGCUCUUCAUUGGACAGCCCGUAAAAAUGACCUGCCUUCUCCGGCAAACCACUUUUGGCAACGUCUUCUCUAUAGCCCUUUCCAGUGUGUUGGCCAAAACCAUCACUGUGGUUCUGGCCUUCAUGGCUACAAAACCAGGAUCUAGGAUGAGGAAAUGGGUGGGGAAAAAACUAGCAAAUUCAAUUGUCCUUUCUUGCUCAUUUAUUCAAGCAGCUAUUUGUACUCUUUGGCUAAGUACUUCCACUCCAUUUGAAUAUCGGGACAUGAGCUCACUAAGGGGGGAAAUCAUACUGGAAUGUAAUGAGGGCUCAGCUGCCAUGUUUUACCUUGUCCUGGGCUAUAUGGGCUUCCUGGCCAUAGUCACCUUCACAAUGGCUUUUCUGGCCAGGAAGUUACCUGACAGCUUCAAUGAAGCCAAGUUUAUCACUUUCAGCAUGUUGGUCUUUUGCAGUGUGUGGGUGACCUUUGUUCCCACCUACCUGAGCACUAAGGGGAAAUCCAUGGUGGCCGUGGAGAUCUUCUCCAUCUUGGCUUCAAGUGCUGGUUUGCUGGGGUGCAUUUUUUUCCCAAAAUGCUACAUCAUUAUGCUGAGGCCUGAGCUGAACAACAGGGAGCAGAUUAUGAGGAUGAAAAAUUAA